AUGCUUUCACUUUUGUUUUUGUUGUUUUGUUCUAGUUGGCGUUGCCUUGUGCUGAACAGGGGGGAUACGGUGUUCAUCCCUGAGGAGGCAGAGGAGACGUUGUGCUGCCGUCGUCUUGAGCUCCGUGUGACGAUGGAUGUGGCCCCACGUGCAAGGGGCGCAGCGGCGAGCAGCAGCGCAGGCUCCGACCUUAGAGAGCUCAACGAGGCGAAGGUGGCGAAUAUUCUUUCCUAUCUGGACGAGGCUGUCGCGACACGGCCGCGCUUGGCCGCGUCCCUCACCCCACAUGAGGAGAUGCUGCCUGAUUCGUAUGCUUCCGAGGGCAUCUCGCUUGCCCCAUCGACAUUGCUAAACCAGUUGUCGCACAACAAGCUUACUUCCGCCGCACUGCCACAGAAUCCGCCUUCACAGCGGCAGCAACAACAACAACAACAGUUACUAUCGAGUGCCUCCGCUUCUUGUCUCACGUCGUAUGUGAUUGGUGGGUCGCUUGAUCCCUACGUUGGCGUUUACCACGGCAUCAAAGCCAAAAUAGAAGCGUUGCGGUUCAGCAACGAUGAGCUUCGGGCGGAGAAUGAGGAGCUGAAGGCGCGGCUGGGCGUGGCGCGUCAGCGGGAAGCGGAACAUGUGGAGAAGGUGCAGGCUGCCAAUCGCACCGAGCUGCAGUCGCUGCGCAACGGGUUGCGCGAGUCGGAGGAGGAGCAUCGCCGGGUGAUGCAAGGCCUGCAGCGGGAAAAGACACAGCUCACUAAGGCAGUAGAGUCGCUCACAACGCAGCUGAGGCAGGAAAUGUUGAGGCGGGAGGAGGAGGUGGCAAGGUUGGAGUCCGCCAACGCGGCUGCCAUCGCUCAGCUGAAGACCCGGUGGCAGGCGCAGGAGAAAGCCGCCCGCGAAAAAGUGGCGUAUCUCGGAGGCUAA